UCCCCCUCCUCCCCCCUCCCCUCCCCUCUCUCCCCCUCCCUCCCCUCCUCCCUCCUCUCCCCUCCCCCUCCCCUCCUCCCCCUCUCCUCCUCCCCUCCCCCCCCUCCUCCCCUCCCCUCC